GUGGACCUGGGCGAAAUCAUGUUCUCUCUCUGCUACCUGCCCACUGCUGGCCGUCUGACACUGACCGUCAUCAAAUGCAGGAAUCUCAAAGCUAUGGACAUUACUGGAUACUCCGAUCCAUACGUUAAAGUUUCUUUGCUAUGUGAAGGACGACGAUUAAAAAAGAAGAAAACAACCAUAAAGAAAAACACGCUAAAUCCUACUUACAAUGAGGCAAUUAUCUUCGACAUACCUCCUGAGAACAUGGACCAGGUCAGCUUGCUGAUCUCAGUCAUGGACUAUGACCGCGUUGGACAUAAUGAGAUAAUUGGAGUUUGUCGUGUGGGCAUCAACGCUGAAGGCCUGGGGAGGGACCACUGGAAUGAGAUGUUGGCUUACCCACGCAAACCAAUUGCCCAUUGGCACCCACUGGUGGAGGCUGUGGGUGAAGGCACACUCUCAGGGGAAGGAAGCGGUUGUGAAGGGUAUAGUGGGCCCUCCUGCCCAUUGAUGUGGCAAGGCCGUACUGCAAGCUUCGACAGCCAAAGCUCUUGUCCAUCUCCUAAACCUCCGUCGACACCGUGAAUUCCAGGGCAGGGAGAUUCUGUGGAUCCUUUGGUGUUCUGAACAUAAUGUAAUGUUAGUAGUUCAGUCUCUUUCCUCACAGGGAAACUGCAUUGUACUCAGCAAAAUGACACUAGUUUCAUGGAAAUAAAUUGCCCCUACUUGGAUAGCAGGCAAUUCCAAAA